GUUUGCAUAUUGGUAAAUUAACACCAUUGGACUUUCUUUUAGUAGAAUUGGCAAUUGAAUUAUUCCGCAGUUUCACACGUCUUUUACUCUCUCCUCUGGAAGGUAAUUGUCAUUUCAUUUGCAUAACUUUGCUGAAAUGAGUACUUUUUAAGAUGAAUUAUUUUUCUAUUUUCAUUUUAAUUUGCAGUUUACCUAAAUAUACAUACAUGUAGUACCAACUUUUCCUAAAACAGCCAGAACUUAAUAAAGGUUAAAGUUGGAUGAAAGAUAUUCCACUGGUAAUGGCUUCUGUCAUGCUCUUUCUCCUUGCCUCUGUAUUCAUUAGUGUUGCAGCUCAACAAAGAGAGUCUACUAUAAUCCCAGGCUCUUCUCUAGAGCCCAUAACCAACUCUACCUGGUCAUCAAAUUCCGGUCUCUAUGCCUUUGGAUUCUACAAGCAAGGUAAAGGCUAUACUGUGGGGAUAUUUCUUGCCGGGAUUCCCCAAAAGACUGUUGUCUGGACAGCAAACAGAGACGGCCAACCAGUUUCCGACAACUCUACCUUGCUUUUCACAAAUGACGGCAAGCUUGUCUUGCAAUCAUCAAUAGAAAGCCAGGAUUUCAACAUAGGACACCCUCUUCAGUCAGCUUCUUCUGCUUCCAUGUUGGAUUCUGGCAACUUUGUGCUCUACAAUUCCAGUGGGAGAGUAAUAUGGCAGAGUUUUGAUCAUCCAACAGAUACCCUUUUGCCAACCCAACGUCUUCUAGAAGAUCAACAGUUGGUUUCCAGUGUUUCUGAAACUGAUCACUCAACAGGAAUCUUUCGUCUCAAGAUGCAAAAAGAUGGUAAUCUUGUGCAGUAUCCAAUAAAUACUCCAGACACUGCUCCAUAUUCUUAUUAUACAUCUUGGACAGGUGGGAAAGGGCCGGGUGUUACACUAAAUUUGGGUGUUGGUUGUCAUAUCUACAUGCUCGAUCAUACAGGUUUCAACAUUAAGAAUAUAACAGAGGGAGAAACUUCGCCAAAAGAAGAAAUCUGUCUUCUGAGAAUUGACGCAGAUGGGAUAUUCCGUGUUUAUUCACACAACCGUGACAGCUGGUCGAUUGAAUGGGUUUCUUCAAACAAUACAUGCGAUCCUAAGGGUCUUUGCGGAGUUAAUGCUUUCUGUCAUUCAAAUGUUGGAUCAGCUAAUUGCACAUGUAUUCCUGGAUACAAAUUCUUGAACAAGGGCAACUGGACUGGUGGCUGUGAAAAGAGCUUUAGUGCAGAUGGCUGUGGAAACAACGGGAGUUUCACAUACGUCAUCCAAGAGCAACAGGAUACAACAUGGCAAGAAUCCCCCUAUUCAACUCUAACGUUACUAUCGAAAAAGGAUUGCGCACAAGCUUGUUUGGAGGAUUGUAAUUGUGAAACAGCAAUUUACGAUCCAGAUGGUAGUUGUAAAAAGCAGAAGCUUCCUUUGCAAUACGGAAGAUCUCCAGGAGAUAAAGCAAUCGUGCUCAUCAAAGUGGCUACGAGUAGAUACAACAGAAGCGAUGGAUUUGUACCCAAAGAAGAGAAAAAAAUGCUCCGGGUAGACAUCCUAAUUAUCGGAGUUUCUCUUGCCGCUUUUGGACUAAUAAUGUUAGUUAUUUCCAUAAUCGUGUUGCGCAAGAGUUAUAUAUGGGCAUAUGAAAUGAUUACACCCAAAGGCAAUGUCGAAUGGAAUGGGGAUCUUGGUCCAAGAUCUUAUAGCUAUCAAGAACUAGAGAGAAUGACAGAAGGUUUCAAGGAAGAAAUUGGUAGAGGAGCGUUUGGCACGGUCUACAAAGGAGUAAUUUUGAAUAAUGUCGAAAAUGUUGUAGCUGUCAAGAGGCUUGAGAAAGUGUUGCAUGAUGGUGAAAUAGAGUUCCAAACAGAAAUGAAAGUUAUAGGAAAAACCCAUCAUAGGAACCUAGUUCGUUUGAUUGGAUUUUGCCACGAUGGACCAAAUAGACUUUUGGUCUAUGAGUACAUGAGCAAUGGAUCACUUGCAGAUGUACUCUUUACACCUAAAACCCCACCUCCAUGGGAUAAAAGGAUGCAAAUUGCUUGCCACAUAGCAAGAGGAAUUCUUUAUCUUCACGAAGAGUGUAUGGACCAAAUCAUCCAUUGUGAUAUAAAGCCUCAAAAUAUACUCAUGGAUGAGAAUGGUUGUGCAAAGAUAUCUGAUUUUGGAUUGGCAAAGCUGCUGCACCAAGACCAGACCAGAACCUUUACUGGCAUCAGAGGGACUAGAGGCUAUGUUGCACCAGAAUGGCAUCGAAAACUGCCAAUUACGGUAAAAGCAGAUGUUUACAGCUUUGGAAUUGUAUUCUUUGAAAUAAUAUUUUGCAGAAAGGGUGUUGAUUGGAAUCUGCCAGAAGAAGAAGCUGUACUAGAUGAAUUGGUCUAUCGUUGUUUUGAGAGAGGUGAGUGGGGUAAGAUGUUAGGUGAUGAAGAGAUAGAGAUGAACGAAUUUGAAAGGAUGAUCAAAACGGGACUUUGGUGUAUCCAGGAUGAGCCAUCAAUGCGUCCAACAAUAAAGAUGGUUCUACUUAUGAUUGAAGGUUUAGUAGAUGUUCCCAUCCCUCCAGCUUCAAGUUAUUAUAGUUCUUGUUUGUCAUAGGCUUUAAGUAAUGAAAGUAAUAGAGACUUCUUAACAGUGUGAAAGACAGAAUUUUGAAAUGGAUGUUGAAUCACCGUUAAUACCCAAAGUUGUAGCUUUCACAAAGUGAGUCCAAUAAUAUAUAACAAUUCAAUGUAUAAAAUAAUGAGAGACACUUAGCAUUCUCUUGUUUUA